UGACGAAGCGGCGAUUACAGCACCGCGGACAGAGCACACAGCGGCGCCCGACCCCCGCCGAGCAAAGCAGUCCGCAGUCUACAGCGCCCAGCGACGCUCCGGAGCGCUUCUCUCGCGGCCGAGGACCAAUAGCACAGCGCACAGCAUCUUCGCCCUGCCUGUUGUACCCAGAUCUGCAGAGGACCUGCGGAUGCCUGCGUCAAGGCGUGAAAAUUUGUUUGUUCCUUUAAAGAUCGACCUUCAUGUCUUUGGAGCUUGGAUAUUUUUAUGUUUAUUUGUUUUUGAAAGGCAUUACCUAUGAGACUUUUGAGAUAUUUUAGUGCGAGCCAAAUUAAGACAACGACAAAAAAACGAAGAACAUUUGUUUUUUCUUUCUGUCUAUUAUUGAAGAGGAAAACGUUUUGCGAUUAAAUUCGUUUAUGAUGCUAUUUGAUUAAGACGUUUUGCAGCGAUUUUACAUUAAAAAGAUUACGCUAUAUAUGCAGUAAACCUGGAAAAGACGGGCAUAAUUAAUUUCAUAGUAAAUUUGUUUUAAGAAAUCGUUUUGGUUAUCCCUGCUAUAUGUGACAAUACACUGCAGUGGGAUAACUGGGAUCAGUUCGAAGGAAGAUUACCAGGGAAUACCAUUUUCCACAUCGCAUUUAUUAUCUACCGACCACUCCAUUUCAGAACCUUGGACAGUAGCGGGUGACAACGCGACGCAGACUCAACACGACAAUAUUCAGUCAGGAUCGGAAAACAUCACUACAUUAAUUUUGUCACGGAACCUUUUUGCCCGAGAUAAGAUAAAACGAAAUCCAGCUGAAGUUCCUCUGUUUCUCCAGGAAAAACAGGGAAAUAAAAGCAGCACUUAAAGUCUAGGGAUCCAUCAUCACAGCCAUUACAGAGGAGUCUUUUACCUCGGUGUCUUUGCUUGAGAGAAUCUGGCUCUUGUAGGCAGGAUCUCCAGACUUGGAAGCAGUGAGGCAGACACUGAUCCUGCCUCACCUUCUGUAUUUGGUUCGCUUAUACGCCAGUAAGGCUAGCAUCUUUUUUUGCUCUUGUCUCCGUCGCGCAGAGCACCAUGGGCACUGUGCUGUCUCUGUCCCCCAGCUACCGGAAAGCGGGGCUCUUUGAGGAUGGGCCCGCCACUGUAGGCCCCUAUACAGCUGUGCAGAACAGCAAGAACGCCAAAGACAAAAACGUGAAGCGGCACUCGCUUAUCAACGUGCUCCCUUGGAAGCGUAUCGUAGCCGUCUCAGCCAAGAAGAAAGGCUCCAAGAAAGUGCAGCCCAAUACUGCCUACCAGAACAACGUCACCCAUCUUAACAAUGAGAACCUGAAGAAGUCCCAGUCGUGUGCCAACCUCUCCACCUUCACCCAAGACUCAGCUGCCCCAGUGAUCCCUGGCUCCAAGACCUCCAGCAAUGUGGCUUCGUCUGUCAAGAAGGUACCCCUGCCUAGUUCCACUGCUGUCCCAGGUACUCCAAAGCGGGUGAUAGUGCAGGCCUCCACCAGUGAGCUGCUACGAUGCCUGGGUGAGUUCUUGUGCCGAAGAUGCUACCGGCUCAAGCAUCUGUCGCCUACAGACCCGGUGCUGUGGCUGCGCAGUGUGGACCGCUCUCUGCUGCUCCAGGGCUGGCAGGACCAGGGCUUCAUCACUCCUGCCAACGUGGUCUUCGUCUAUAUGUUGUGCCGAGAUGUGGUCUCCUCAGAGGUGGCCACUGAGCAUGAGCUUCAGGCAGUGCUCCUCACCUGCCUGUACCUCUCCUAUUCCUACAUGGGCAACGAGAUCUCCUACCCCCUUAAGCCAUUCUUGGUAGAGAGUUCCAAGGAGACCUUCUGGGACCGCUGCUUGUCCAUCAUAAACCUGAUGAGCGCGAAGAUGCUGCAGAUCAACUCUGACCCGCACUACUUCACCCAGGUGUUCGCUGACCUCAAGAACGAGAGUCAAAAGGAGGAGGAAAGAAGCCGGUUGCUCAUCGGACUGGACCGACCCCAGUCUGUAAGGAAGCCAGAGAGAAGCCCACGACAUCUCCAACAGCAAACAGCAAAAACGGCCCGGGAGUCUCCCCUGGGCUCCCAGUCUGCAGCUGCUAACACAAUGUAAUACAGCAUCAUUUUACAAGCCAGAGAAUUAAGAAUGGAUUACGGUCACAAACGAGAACAAAUGGAACUUGAUAUACAAAAAGAAAUUAUUAUUUGCCCACUUUAUUACCACACCAACAGAGAUCAACUGUGCAUGCUUUCUUUCAAUAUUUGUGUCUUUCAAAUUCCGUUCUCAAAACGAAAAGAAAAAAAAAGACAAAUAUAUGCACACAUUGAUUCAUUUUCUUUAUCACAGCAGUUCCAUCCUGAAAAGAAUGGGUUUCUUAUCUUAUCAAACUUGGCUUUGAAUGCUCCAUACAUGCUUCUUCAGCGCUGGUUUCUUAAAGCAAAGAAGACACAGACAUGUGGGACUUGUACUGUAACGGUGUGGCGCCGUGUCCUGUGAAAGCAGUGUGUCAUGAAGCUGGAGAUGCAGGUGUAGUAUCUGCUGUGCUCAUGGACUGAGCCUGCCCUAGUGACUUUUAAUCUACAGUCAAGACCACGACUGCCCAUUGUCCCAGUGGGUAACGCAAUAGGGAGAAGCAGCUUGACAUGCGAUACAUUCUCAAGCUUGUGGGGCGUGGGAGUCUUUUAGCGUCAGUAAUGGGGGGGCACUUUAAUCCCUCUGGCUGACUCUAAUUCAGCUACCCUGAUUCACAGAAAUGUGCCAUUUUUCACUUGCAACACCAAGUAGUUGUUUGGAAAAUACUUUAAAAAGCUUAAAAAA